UAGACUCUGAAGAAGAAGAAGAAGAACCUGCACGAAUACGCGUAGUGUACGUAGGGACCUAAACACCCGCCUCGCUCAACACCCAGGAGACCUUUGCUCAACACUCAGCCCGCACCAAGGAGUCUAGCUCUAGAGGCUGUGGCCCCACUGCCUAACUAGCCCCAUAAAACCACCCAAGAAGAAGAAGAAGACCUUGGCCCGCACACACCCGCAGAGGAAAUUUUAGCCAGCCUGACUCUGCUCAGACAUGUCUUAACCAUUUGGAGUGUUCUACUAAUCUUCAAUCACUUUCCAUCUGUUCUCUCAAUUCAGAUGAAUUGGAAUUCCAAGAUCUUACGGUGAUCUUGGUAAGACUCGCCACCCCUUGCCUUGCCCUGUGACUCAACACCCUCUGCCUUGUGCUGCUCCUCUGUGCUGAUGUGCUGACUCAACACACCUUGUCUGGCGCUGUUACUGUGUUUUGGGACCCUGCCCCUGCCUGGUGGUGCUGCUGCUGCUUCCUACUUGCUGCAGUGUAUCAAGGCGCUGACAGAAUACACCCUGCCUGGUGCUGUCGGUAGUGAAGCUGUGCAGUGAGGUUUUGACGGACACACAGGAGUGCAACAGCACAGGGCUUGGAUAAGCCAUGGAGUGUCCUGUGUGCAUGACGGGCUAUGACGAGACUGUGCGACGACCACGCUCGAUGCCUUGUGGACAUACAAUCUGCUCGACCUGCAUUGAUGGCAUUGUGGAUGAGGGCCAUGCCACCUGCCCCACCUGCCGCAUCAGCAACGCUGUACCCAAGGGGGGGCAAUUCCCUGUGAAUUAUGUAGUGGAAGACCUUUUAUGGAGACUGAAGGAUUCAUCAUCGUCAUCAUCAUCAGCUGCAACAGCAGGAGCAAGUGACUGCCCAUUGGAAACCCCAUGCCUCAGCGGCACGAUAAGUUCUCUGCUGCAGCAGCAGGAGACAAAAGUCCUGGCUGCCAUAAGUACCUGCCAGAAGGUCCAGGCACAGCUGGAUCAGUUCCAGACAACCCUGGCAGACUGGUGUCAGCAGCAGCAGCACCUGGAGAACAGCCUACAGACUUCCAGGGAGCUCGUGCAGCAGAAUGAGUUAAAGGUGGCAGCAAAGAACGAGGUGGUCAAGAAGGGAGAACAAAUGCUUAAUGCUGCACUAGAGGCCCUGCGGAAGAUCAACUCACCACAGGCAGCUUAUGCAGCCAUUGAUAACGCUGAAAAAUGCACCGAUGAAGAGGAGAAAAGUGCAAAGGAAUCCCAGGGAAUGCUCCUUGAAGUGGCAGAUGCCACCACUGAUGCUGCCAAGAAGAUAACAAAGGCACUGCAUGUAGUACUUGAGGCCAUCCAGAGAGUCCAGGCAACUCAUGAAACAGUGGCCAUAGCAGAAUUGAAGCCCAAACCUGGGCCUCACGCAGCCAGAACCGUCACCGUGGGGCUUGAAGAGUUGAUGGCGCCACCUACUAUAAUGGUUGGGGAUCUCCGCAAGCUGAUACUGCCCGCCAAGAGACUGCUGGCGGAUGGCAAGGCGUUCGCCUUUCAAAGUGUCAACAAUGUCAAGAAGUACUUCAGAAUGAGCAUCUCUGGCUGCCGAGUGUUCCUGCAUGUCCCACAGAACAUGCCCCUUCCCCUUGGUGCUGCCAUCGUGCAGAUGGACCAAGUUCUGCCAAACGGAUUUCCUUGCAUUGUGUUCCUCGACCUCUCCUGGCAAGGCAUCCCAUCGCAGCGUGUUGAAGUCAGUCUGAGAGUCGGGAGAUGUCUUUCUCAACAGUUUAUGUGGCUGUGCACGGGGGUGAUAGGCAGUUCCUUUCUCAACUCCAAGUUGUUCAUGGUGCAGGACAAGGGCCAGCCGGGGGAAACUGUAUGUGGUGGGAAACACGAAUGUGAUGGGGUGAUGAAAGAUAUACCAAUGUUGGUGACGGUUACUGAUUCUGGUGAUUACAGUAAGUCAGGCAAGGCAGGGGCAGUGAGGGGGUGGAAAAAUGGUGCUCACUUUGCCAUCACCACCAGGGAUACGCUGUGUAGUGAGUUUGGAAUGGUUUUUGGUGAGGUGGUGCUUGGACUUGACGCCCUGAUGGCAGCAGCCCAACGAAGUAAGAUUACGGAAGUGACUGUGGUGGACUGUGGUGUGGUGCUGUUUAAGUAAUGGCCCAUCAAACAGCAACAACAACAACUUUAUGGGGCAUGAUUGAUUGGGUGGUGUCGGAGUGGUGGCCGACUCCAUUGUAUUGUUAGAGCUGAGGGGAUUUGAAGUACAGAAUUUUCCUCUUCUUGAGCUAGGCUGCUGCUUGUGGUAUGUUUGUGUGCAAGUGUUCUACCUAGACUUUCCGUAUUAACUUGAAAAGUUUUAUACACAACACUUGUAAAGAAAGAUUCAUGAUUUAUUUGGUUCUGUCAAAUUCAUUUUCUUAACAGGGACAUUAUUUGCUUGUUCCUUAAGUCUGGUAGUUGUUUUUCCAUUACUUUUGUUGGUGUGUUAUUUAGUGGCUGAUUCCAUGAUGCAGUCUUGUGAUAUGUAGCUGUUAAAAUAUUUCACCAAGUGCAUUAGCAUUUUUUGUAAGUUCUUUUUGGGGAUCAGCACGUAUGAUCAUUCUGAGUACGUGCAGAAUGACUCAAAAUAUUUAUCCAUGCCUUGUAUUUACCUGUGGUGUGUGACUUGCCAGCAUCUGCUGUGCUGUGGUAGCUCUGCUAUUCAUGGGAACAUUAAAGAGUUAUGUUUACUCAUGAGUUGCUUGUUCCCUCUUUCAAGUAUUAUUUGUGCUUGUCAGCCACUUCCUGCCCAAUCACAGUCAGCGUGUGCCCUGGGUCCGUCUGAACCACUUGGCCAGGGUCAAGGGAUUCGCUUUCCUUGACCCUGCACCUGACAACCUACUGCGGGCCUCCUACGCCAACACGGGUUGUUCACGGUGCGGGACAAGGAGCGGCCUGGAGUGUUGCUUGUUGCCUCCAUUACAGGCGUUAGUUUUGCCUUUCGUUUUCUGUUGUGGUUCUUUUCUCUUUGAUCACAGUCAGCAUGUGCAUGGUGACUCCCACCCAUGUCUUAUAUCAGUUACACAGUAAAUCUCCUCUUAUAAUUUGCUUUGCCAAACCACUUCUUGAUUCUUUUUAGCCAUGGUGGAAGAGCAGGGACAGACAUAUUCAUUCCAACUUUGUAAAGCUCUCAAAAUCUGAAUGACUCAUGUCCAGUUCUUUGAGUUCUUGCGUCCAAUUUAUUUUUGUGAAGUAUUUUCUUGUUUCACCCACCAUGGUCAGUCUAUUCUAAAUACAAUUCACACUCUGUAGUCAUCUGCUCAGUGGUUCCCCUCGUUGGCGCACUCUGUGGUCACGGGGAGCCUCGGGGUGAGGACUGGGAACUGCUGUCUGGGGGGAUUGGGGUGUGUCCACUGUUAUUGGUGCAAGUAAUUUUAUGUGGUCUUGUUCUUUCUUAUUUUUUGUUUUCUUUACUGCUUCUUCAAUCUUCCCCUCUUCCUUCCCUGUUCUUCAGCUGUGAGUUGCCCAACACGCUGCACUGUAAUCACUAAGUCCACUCCUGCUUGCCGUCUUGUGUUCAGGUAUUGGCAUUUGUGCUGCUUGCACAUCAGGCAUCAUGGCUUUCUCAUGCCAGCCACAUGCUACUACAGUCAAACAAGCAGCGUGAUCACUCCUCUCCAUCAGAGGAUUCAGAGCGAAGCUGUCAGCUUCACUUGGUUGCCUGGUUAAUGUUUCCACGCCUGAUUAAGGUGGCUCAUCCUCUCUUGUUUUUGUGGUCCCUUGCCUGACAUACUGAAGCAGGAAAAAGUAUUUCCUCAGCAAGACAGAUAUUCCAAACAUUUGGCACACCUUAAUUAUUUCUCAGCUCAGUUAGUCAGCGUUGCAGUCUUUUGGUUUAUCUUAUACUUUAUGUAGCAAAUAUUUGAUACUCUGUGUUGUGUUUUCUAUAAGGUCUACACUCAUAUUUUAUCCCAUUACCUUGUACAUGGGCUGGGCAACAUGUAUAAUGUUGCCACGAGUAUUAUUUCUGCUGUAUUAAAUUUGGUUGUUAACACCUCAGCUUGUGCUGGUAAAUUUAACUUAAUUAUAGAUGUCUUUGUGUUAAAACAACACCUCCAUCUCCAUUCCCGAAUCUGCUGUCUCCUCCAGAUGCUGACGCUCUACAUUCAAGGUUCCAGCGGUUAUUAGUUUGCGUAGUUGAGUUUCUUGGGUCAGUAGGUUGUUAUUUUUCUUGAAUAAUAUCUUUGAACUCCAUUUAUUUGGCUAAUAUUUCAUAUACAAUUAAAUAUAUGUUCUAGAUCUUAA